AUCCAGGGCUCGCGCUGCCUCUUUCUCCCGCUCGCUGGGCUCCGGCUCCCACUUCUCCCCGCCGCUGCGCUCCUGGGACCCGAGCCAUCUCCGUGCUUAGCCUCGGCGGCCCACGGUGCUCCGAGAGCCUCGCAAAAGCAGCCCCGGGGCAGAGAGUGGGACGCCCCGGUUCCUUCCCCGACUCGGGUCAGCCUCUGCCCGGCUCGCAGCACCUCUGGCUCCCUCACUGUCGGCUUGGGAGGACAGGGUGAGAAGGUGAAGUGGAAAGGACCGACAGGGCACGGGGCCAGGCGCACAGCUCGCGUUGCCUUUUCAUUGAGCAAAGCCCAAGAUCCUUUUUUUAAAAGCUCUGCACGCCCCCCACCCCUUCUUCCAUUUUCUUUGCGCUUUUUAAAGGAAACUUAUUUUGGGGUGCUUUACGCUGGGGUAGCUGCUUUGCCCAGUAGUUGCGAAGUGCACUCGACUCGUGAUGGUGUUCCUGUCACUUUGGUUGAUAGCAGCCUCUCUGGUAGAGGUUAGGACAUCAGCUGAUGGACAAGCUGGUGCUGAAGAAAUGGUACAAAUAGAUUUACCAACCAAGAGAUACAGAGAGUAUGAGCUGGUGACGCCAGUUAGCACAAAUCUAAAAGGACACUAUCUUUCCCAUAUUCUUUCUGCAAAUCACAAAAAGAGGUCACCUAGGGACGUGUCCUCCAACUCAGAGCAAUUGUUCUUCAACGUCACGGCCUUUGGGAGAGAUUUUCAUCUUCGACUAAGGCCAAACACUCACUUCAUAGCUCCUGGGGCUGUGGUGGAAUGGCAUGAGACAGCUCCAAGGCCUGGGAACACCACUGACCCAAGAAACAGCCGUCCACACAGAAGUGCUUCAGAAGGAGGCUGGAGAUCAGAGCCUUUGCAGACUAGCUGUGCGUAUGUUGGUGACAUCAUGGAUGUUCCAGGAACUUCUGUUGCCAUUAGCAACUGUGAUGGUCUGGCUGGAAUGAUAAAGAGUGAUAAUGAAGAGUACUUCAUUGAACCCUUGGAGAGAGGGAAGCAGAUGGAUGAAGAAAAUGGAAGGAUUCACAUUGUCUACAAGAGAUCGGCAAUGGAGCGGGCUCCCAGAGAUGUGUCUGAAGACGUCUACUACAAGGGUAGGCAUCUUAACUAACCAUAGUUUUAUAGAAGACCUUUUAACGUAAAUCAUGAAGCAUAUUCA